CGUGCGCCUCUCAUUUCGUGAUUACGGUUACUCCGAGCACCCACGUGUCCGGAAGAAGCUUGGGCAGUUCUGCUUGUGUUUUGUGUCAGAAAAGCCACCAGAGAAGAGGCAACAGAGUUGAAGAAACUUCAGCCCGGCGGGGUGGCCGGUGAGUGGGCCCAGAAACUUAAAAAAUGGGCCUGCUGGCGAUGCUGCGGAAGGAGUGGUUCACCAUCGGAAUUGCGUUAGUCAUCUUAUCAGCCAAACUGCAGCCCAGCAUCGGUGUCAAAGGAGGCCCAUUAAAGCCAGAGAUCACCAUAGCCUACGCCGCCGUCUCUCUCAUCUUCUUCAACAGUGGCCUGUCGCUUAAAACGGAGGAGCUGACCAGCGCGCUGCUACACGUCCGCCUCCACCUGUUUGUGCAGUCAUUCACGCUGAUCUUCUUCCCGCUCGCCGUCUGGCUGCUGCUCAGGGUGCUCGCCCUGACGGCCAUUGACCAAUGGCUGCUCAGAGGGUUACAGACCGUGAGCUGCAUGCCCCCCCCAGUGUCCUCCGCCGUUAUUCUCACCAAAGCUGUCGGAGGCAACGAGGCUGCUGCGAUCUUCAACUCAGCAUUUGGGAGCUUCCUGGGAAUCGUAGUGACUCCGAUGCUGCUGCUGCUGUUUCUCGGUUCUUCAUCUUCCGUUCCCUUCUCCUCCAUCUUCUCUCAGCUCUUCAUGACUGUGGUGGUGCCCCUGAUCCUGGGUCAGGUGUGCCGCACUUUCCUCAGGGAGUUCCUGGAUAGGAGGAAGCCUCCAUUCGGCGCCAUUAGCAGCGCCGUCCUCCUAAUGAUCAUCUACACCACCUUCUGCGACACGUUCAGCAACCCCAACAUCGAGCUGGACCCCAUCAGCCUGCUGCUGGUCGUCCUCAUCAUUUUUUCCAUCCAGAUCAGCUUCAUGCUGCUAACGUUUGCCUUUUCAACAAGGUCUGGCUCAGGAUUCAACCCGGCCGACACAGUCGCCAUCAUGUUCUGCUCCACACACAAGUCUCUCACUCUGGGAAUCCCCAUGCUGAAGAUUGUUUUCGAAGGCUACGAGCACCUGUCUCUGAUUUCAGUACCACUGCUGAUCUACCAUCCCACUCAGAUCCUGCUGGGCUCCAUCUUGGUACCAAGUAUUCGAAGCUGGAUGUCCAGCAGGCAGAAGGCAGUGAAACUCUCAACCCUCCAGCCCAUCUGACGGGAUGAAACCAGAGCUUUAAUGGUGUUAAUGGUGCUGCGGCACCAAGCAGGAAAUGGUGAAGGGAUACAGUCUCCUUAAGUGCCUUAUUAUAACCAAUCAACACAGACCUCAUUGUGGGAAAAGUAAGCUACUUGGCUCAGUUUUCUCAGUUUCUACGAUAACAAAAACUCACAUUUACAUCAUAUCUAGGUAUUCUUUUUUUAACAGAAGCUGAGCCUUUGUUUUGGAAACAAACAGUUAAACCCAGAAAUAUGGAGUUACUGGGACCAUUCCUUGUUUAUUUACGAUGUUUUUCUAAUGUAGUUCUUCCAAUUAUCAGGGCCAAUGCUCCACUCAUGCAGCAACAAAGUGCUAGAAAAAAAGGUCUAACUUUGGGAAAAUCCAGCUUUUGGACUUUGCCUUUUUUUUUUUUUUUUUUUAAGAAUUCAGAAAUAAGGGCAUAACUCAAACAUCUGGAUCCCGUUUUGCUUUCAUAGGUAAGUGGUGACUGUAUGAUAAUUACAAAUCAUCAGAAGUGGAGCUACUAAAGAAAAAAAGGUAUUAUCCCUUAUUCAUGUCCCAAUUGUGAAAUUACAGCACAGAGUAUUUAAUUGAAACCUGAAAAAAGUGACCAAAUAGAAAUACACAAGGAAGAAAACUCAGGGACUCUUGAGCACUAUUUCUGUCAAACAUUCUCGGGUCUCCACUUUGUAUUAUUCAGUUGUUUUAUUAAAAUUCUGACAACUGCUGCACUAGGUUUUCUCUUCAAACUUUUCCUUUUUCCUCUGCCAGCUCUCUGGGAAAUGCUUAAACCAGGUGCCAUCUGAAGACAGUUUCUGCUCUCAGAUCACCGGGAAAGCACAGACCAGAUCUGGGGAUACUAAUAAAGAAGUGCUGUGGUUUUUCUGCCCGUAACCCAUAAAUCUUCAUUAAAGUGUUAUCAGCUUAGCAUCAUUUAAGCUUCCAAAAGAUCUCAAACGGUUGGCACUUAUCUUAAAACCUGAUUGAUGUCCAAUGAUUCGGUCAUUUUUUAUGGCUUUUAAGGGGCUGCAGAAUCGGACAGCGACACUGUUGUUUUAUAACUAUACCCUCCAAGAGGAUGUUAGCAGUUUGUUCUCUUCACUGUAAUGUUGACAUUCUUUUGAAUGUAUGCCGUGUGCCUUUUUAACAUUUAAAUAUCCCAACUAGUGAUUCCAAAAACUGGGAAAGCUGGACAGAAUGCAGUGAUGUAGGCCUUUCUUUGGUAUUUUUUGUAUUUCUGUUGAUAUUUGAAUGAAAUCGGCGUUAAAAACAACAUAUGAGAUGUUACAGGAAAAAAGUCUUGACUGCUAAGUCAACUGAGUACUCUGUUACAGGAGAGCCACGCUUUCCACGCUGUUGUGAUGCAUAAAGGAGUUGGCAUUGUGUUACACUUCUAUGCCACUUCCAGAUUAAUUGAGGGAGUUACCUUACAUUCAAUUGGAUGUAUAAAGUUUUCCACUUUUUACUGACAAUGUUACUGGUUACACAUAACAAUUAAACACUUUUACCAUAAAAGUACAAUUUAAACCUUCAGUUGAACUGCAAAUGCAAAGUUGACCUCUUCUCUCUGUUUACUGUGAUUGUUCUGUUUGUUUCAAUGAAAGAUUGUGAUGAGAUGUUUCUAGGUUAGUUUUUGUAUUCUUGAACUUUUUUGAUUGAAAAAUAACUAUAUUUUCUUUAUAUUUAUAGGCAUCAUUUACCAACCCAAUUCCCAAUACUGUAGUCACUGGGGUUUUGUUUUUCUCCUCUUUUAUCAUUCAAACAUUUCUAACGAGCACUUAAUUUGUGCCCAGGGCUCAGUACAUUUAAAAUAAAUCCUGCUUUGAC